CAAGCACCUGAAGUUCCUCAAGAAAUUGUCCCUGAAAAGAAAAGACCAUUGGUGCCUUCUAAAAAGCCAGAACCAUCACCCAUUGCAGCACCUGAAGUUCCUCAAGAAAUUGUCCCUGAAAAGAAAAGAUCAGCAAUGACUCCUGAAAAGCCAGAAGCCCUACCUGUCACAGUGCUGGAAGCUCCUCAAGAAGUUAUACAAGAAAAGAAAAUUCCCAUAGUCCCACCCAAAAAACCAGAUGCCCCUGCUGCAGUGCCUGAAGUUGUUCAAGAAACUGUCCCUGAAAAGAAGAGACCUUUGGUGGCUCCUAAAAAGCCAGAAGCCCCUCCUGUAACAGUGCCUGAGGUGCCCAAAGAAGCUGUCCCUGAAAAGAAA